AUGUUAUCCACAGCAAAAUCUGAGGAUCAAACAGGCAUGCCAGAAGCAGGUUUAUUAUGCAUUAGUGACUGUGAAACAUGCCCUGUCAUAUGUUCACCCCCACCCCCACCAGUCAAUUUAAAGCCGCUGCCGCUGCCACCGCUACAGCCACCAGUCCACCACCACUCGCCACCGCAGCCAUACUAUUUUGGCUCACCACCGCCAUUUUCACUACCGGAACCACCACCUCCUCAUCGUCCGACUUGCCCUCCACCGCCAGCUUAUAUUUCAUUGGACAAGAGCCCUCCACCUCCUCCCCCCAAAAUCAUAUACACUCCAGGGAAUCAGUCACCCAGUGUUGGUGUACCAAAGAAUUAUCCUUAUCCUUACUACUAUUUCUAUGCUUCAAAAGCUGCUCCUAUUCCCAAUCGGGAAUCCAUUUUUUAUUUCUUCUUGUUGUUUAUUUCAAGUUUUGCACUUCUUAGGUGA